AUGACUGUUUGCCAGCAAAUGCUCCAAUGGUUGAAUGUUGAUCCGAACCUUUUGGAGAAAGUGGUUACUGGUGAUGAGACCUGGGUCUACAAUGAUUUAGGCGAGCAGGUCACAUCUAUGAUCCGUUUAUCUUUAUCUGUUUUAAACCGCCUUUUAUUGCUGCGUAAUAAUGUGACAUUAAUGAGCUCAAAAAGGGAAACAACUCCUCUCGAAGCUGUUUUGUUUUCAACCCCGGGACAUGUAACUCAGCCCCAAGUUGUACUAAUGGUAGCACACUAUGCAUUUCAACGAUAUAACCCUCGCUUAGCCACUUUAGCUGUUCAGUUAUUGAAGAGAUUUGCAAAGGAGUUUCCUAUGUCUCUGCUGGCUUGCUUUGGUUCUGAAGCAGAAGCUAUAAGAGAUCACUUCCUUGCUCGUCUCAGAUCACUGUAUGAAGACAUCCGACUAAAAGUAUCUAUUUUAGAAUUUCUUACAGUUUGUGUUGCUCAACAGCCCGGUCUGAUUGAAAUGUUUAUCAAUGUACAGAAGAAAGAUGAAAAGACUUGUACAGAAGAAGAGAAUAAAAGUUGUUUAGAAUGUGUGAAAAAAAUACUCAAAGAAAAGAAAGAUGAGACUAUACAGACAGUGUCAAACUCGCUACUUUUUAAAGCAUGCAAAGCUACUCAGAAUGUCAUACCUGUAGCUGCUAAUAAUGUUCAAGCGAAGCUGCAAAGUUUUCAAGAACAAUUUAAAUCUUCUGUUGACAAUAACUUAAAUAUUUCAGCCAUUGAUAAAGGUAGGGGUAGAAACCACCCUGAACUGCAGACUAUUACGGAAGGUGAGAAACCGGCAGCUAUUCAUCACCAGAUGAUGACAGUUUACAGGGAGAAAUGUGACAAGUCUGUCAGAAAAUGGAGUGCUCGUUUUCGUGCAGCCCGUGAGAGUGUAGGUGAUGACCCGAGACCAGGCCAGGCAAACACUGUCAUCAUGAGCCAUCUUAUCGACAAGGUGGACGACCUAGUGAGAAGUGAUAGGUGUGUCACAUUGCGAAUGUUGGCGGUGAAGGUGGAUGUCAGCUAUGGAACCUUGUGGACAAUUGUUCAUGACAGGUUGCGAUAUCGGAAGUCAACUGAUUCAUAUCCCCAAGAUCUGCUUUGUGCAUCAGUUGAAUUUAUUCAUGCAUUGUGGGCUGGUCAUCAAGCAUUAGCAAUUGAAGCAUUGAAACAAGAGGAGAGACUAAAUGAACAUGUCAAAGCUAUAUUUAAAAAAAUUCACAGUGAGAAUUUUUUGCUCAAGUGGUCUGAACAUAUUCAUAGUUCUAAUUUAUCAAGUACUAGUCCUGAUUGUACUCAGCAGAUAUUUGAUUUUGCUUCUGGUGAUCUUCAAGAUGCCUUUGCUCUUAUAACAGCUUGGAGGGAUUUUCUUUUGAUUGUAGCAGUGUAUGAACCUUUAGAAAUUCCUUCUGAUACUAAGAAGAAAAUUUUGAAAGAUAUUUUGGAACAUUUUAUGGUAGAAAGGAGCAGUUCAGAAGAGGACCAGAGGGAGAGAAACAGUUCUUCACGUAUUCUCAUUCUGCUUUCAGAACUUUUUUUGAUGUUGUCACAGCACUGGCAAAGGGAAUUAAUGAAUUUCAUAAAAUCAGAUGAAGAAAACAACCCAGUUUUCAAAAUGCUUUAUGAUACUGCUUACAAUGCUGAUAGUAUCCAUCCAAGAGAGCAGCUUGUUGUUGUAUCCAUAGCACUUUUCACUGUGAGGAUAUUUUCAAAAUCGUCCAUUAAAAUAUCUAAUAUCAAAGAUUGGAUUUUACCUGCCUGUCAGUUGUUGAGAAAAACAUCUAUUUCAUUUCAUCAUUUGAUAGAUACAGAAAGUGCAGCAGGUGUCUUAAAGUUACCUAUUGUGAUUAUUUGUCUCUUGAAUGAAUUGAUUCAAGAAACAGAUGACUGGCUGCCUGUUUUAAAAAACAAUUCCAUUUUGCCAUUGCUUGUUAGCUUUUUAAUAAAGAGUUUAAAGUUAAACAUUGGUGUGGAACUUGCACAUUCCAUCAUCACCUUUUUUCUGUAUAUAGCAUCAGAUAAAAAAGCUGCAGAAGCAUUGUGCAACACAGGUUUCAUGGCUGAAGUUACAUUAAUUUUGGCUGAAACAGAUUUACAGCUGCACAUUUCAGAGAAAAAGAAAUCCUUAGUACCCCAGAAACCCAAACUAACAAAGGUGGACGUGUACUUUGCUUUUUUGAGGUUUAUUACAACACUGCUUCAUACUCUAGGCAAUUAUUUUUUGCCAGACUGCUGGAAUUUUAUAGGUGUUCAUCAGGAAAUCAUGCAUGUGAGUUUAAUGGAAAUGAGGAUGACGCUUUUAAAGGAAGGAAUUCAAAAUGCUAUACUGACAUCUGCUUUUAUUCUACAACUUUCUUUUCAUCAAAAAAUCUGGAGGCUUGAACAUCCAAGAUCACUUCAAUUACUUCUGAUAGAUGUAUGUAAUUGCAUUUAUGGAACUGUUGCCAUCCUUAGCAAACCUGGACUAUUGAAAUACUUAGUAAUGCAUAAAAAAAUGCCUGAUUCAAAGUUAAGUCCUUUGAAAAAUUUGGAAACAGAAAGUUUGUUAAAGAGAUUAAUUUCUGAAGAUGAAAACCAACAACCACCAGAAGUUUCAGAUGUUCAACAAAAGCUGUUUGAGCUCUUGGCUGUAAAUCUGACAGUUCUGAAGAAAUAUACACCAGAAAUGUAUGAAUCAAUGUCAGGGCAUGCCAUUGAUUACAGUGAAUGGCAGUUACUUUUGCAUGUGAGUUUUAGUAUUCCAUCAGUAGACCAAGAUGGGCCCUUAGGUUUUGGAACUAUUUUGUCUUGUAUCAACAUGUGCUUGAAAUCCCUAGUCAAGAAUGAAAAAGCACCAUCUCCAAGAAAAUGUACAGAAUCACCAGCACAAAUGCCUAGGCACUUGCUGAGUUAUAUUUUGGAAAUCAGCUUAACAUUAUUACUUUCCCAGUCAAGCAUAGCAUUAUCCCACCCAGAUCUACCAAUGAGGGAUAAGCAACUUAUUCGUCGAGAACUUGCUGCUGAGCUGAACUCUAUUAAUAUAACUAUUAACCGAUACUUACGCAGAGGACCACUGUCCCCAGCUGGAAUACCAGUUUCUGCCAGUGUUGCUGCUGCUAAAUCUCCAUCAAAAGAAUUUCCAUUCAUGAAGCUUAUAAGCAAUUUAGUUGAUAAACUUUUUAAAUAAUAUUGUUUAAAUAUUUUAUAUUAUUUUAAAUAAAUAAAAAUAUUUUUAAAUAUA